AUGAUAGUUGAUAACGCUACUUGUCCAACCUGCAGCAGAGGAGAGGAAACAGCAUUACACGUGCUAUGGGACUGUCCUGCUUCAGUAGAUGUGUGGGGAGAGGGUUGCAGUCCAGUCAAAAAAUGGAGAAGGAACUAUGCUGACUUCAGGACACUAUGGUUUGAUUUUCAAUCCAAGCUUGAAGAAGGAAAGCUUCACAUAGUAACUGAGGUGCUCUAUGGUCUAUGGAAAAGGAGAAAUGAAGCUGUAUUCGAAGGAAAGUUCAAAGGCCCUUCUGUCAUCUUUCAGUUGGCAUUGCAGGAAGUAGAAGCAACCAAGCUGGCUCAAGAAAAGCUGAGAGAGAGUCAAGCAAGCCUAACAGCAGUGACGAGAACUUUGUGGAGACCCCCUAGAAUGGAUUAUAUGAAAGUGAAUGUUGAUGCAACCAUGGAUAAAAAUAUGGGAAGGAUGGGGAUUGACAUUGUAGUGAGGGAUUGUAGUGGUGAGUUGUGCAGAGAACUAGGCCUCAGACAGGUGCAACUGGAAGGAGAUGCGAAGAUGGUAGUGGAUGCAGUCACUUCAAAUACACAAGACUCUUCAUGGGAUGGACAAGUUAUAGAGGACAUAAAAUCUGUCUUGAAAGCCCAGCCAGGGUGGUCAGUAUCGUUCUCGGGUAGAAGUAGCAACAAAGCAGCGCAUGAAACUGCAAAACUAGCUUUAACUUUAGGCUCUGAAUGUAUUUGGGUGGAGGAGGUACCACCUGAGGUCCUGCUUGCUGUUAUUUCAGACAAGAUUGUUAUUGUUGAGUCAUAUUAA